AUGCGUCUCGACGAAGAGUCCAAGGCAUUUCACUAUGCCGUGUACGCAGUAGUGGGCCAAAUCCCUUAUGGAAAAGUAACUUCGUACGGUCAUAUCGCCUAUCUCAUAGGAAGACCCAAGAACGCCCGCCAGGUGGGCUCUUCUCUCAAACACUCUGAGUAUAUAGUUAGUCAGCUUAAUCUGGAGGAUGCUGGAAUCUCCGAUUUGCCCUGGUGGCGGGUCAUUCUGAGCGCAGGUACAAUCUCCAAACGAGAUUCUGGCGAAUAUGAACAGGCCAGGCGCUUACAGGAUGAAAAGGUCGUGGUGGACGGGAUGAAGGUGGAUUUAGAUGACUUCGGUUGGUUUCCGGACCUGGUGGAUAUUUAA